AUGGACGCCGAGGGGCAGCAGCGGGCACCGGAGGACCUGGCUGGACCCUCGGGCGAAAGGGCGGGCCCCAGUUUCCAGUGCUCGGAGUGUGGCAAGCUGUUUCGCUGGGCGUGCGUGCUGGAGACGCACCGGAGAUACCACAGCGGCGAGCGGCCCUUCGAGUGCCCGGUCUGCGGCAAGGGGUUCGCCACGGCCGGCAACUUGGCAGACCACCAGCGGGCGCACAGCGGCGAGCGGCCCUUCCAGUGCGGGCUGUGCGGCAAGAGCUACAUCUCGUCCAGCAACCUCAUCGCGCACCGCCGCACCCACACCGGCGAGCGGCCGUACAAGUGCACCGUCUGCGGCAAGGGGUUUGCCGCGUCGCCGAACCUGGCCGUGCACCAGCGCACCCACACCGGCGAGCGGCCGUACCGCUGUGCCGACUGCGGCAAGGCCUUCGCCGAGUCCGGCAAGCUGUCGCGGCACCGGCGCACCCACGGCGGCCGGAGACCUUUUGCCUGCCCGGUGUGCGGCCGCGGCUUCCUGGAGCAGGGCCGGCUGGCACAGCACGAGAUGCUGCAUGCCGGGCACCGCCCCUUCGGCUGCGGUUCCUGUGGCAAGGGCUUUGCCAGCGCCGGUGGCCUCCUGGCGCACCAGCGCACCCACACCGGCGAGCGGCCCUUCCGCUGCGCCUCCUGCGGCAAGGGCUUCGUCACCGCCAGCAACCUGAGCGCCCACCGGCGCACCCACACCGGGGAG